UCACAUCUGUUGGUUUGGUCUGCGCUUGGCGUAAGCAGCAGUAGGCUAGGUUUCUGAACUGUCACAAUGAAAUUGUGUUUUCAGAGACAGUAAGACUAUUACAAUAUUACACUUACAAUAUUGGACUAAAAGACGUUUUGUCAUGGAAAACCGUUAUGUCUUUUCGGCUCUGUCCGUCGCGCGUCUAUCAAAUAAUUGAGCUAAGUUGUCGCAACCGAGUUCAUUGCGCAUGUUCUGUGUUGCCCUCCACCAAAUAACGCAGUCAUAACAAUCGCCAAAAUAAAUCAUCUUUGCUGGUGAUCAAACCUGUGCGUUAACAAGAGGCUGGCAGUGGCAUCCCAUGUGUAGCGUGCCUAAAUUACAUAGUCGGAAUAUGAGCUGAUCGGGGAAUUGGUAGUUUAUAAGGAAACUCAUGGAGGAGAAGGCCACGCAGAGACACAUCACUGGCGACUCCUGGAUUGGCCACCGUUGGCUUGCUAGCUAACCAAGCCAUGCAAGCCGCACAGCCACAGUACGACUUCUUCAGCGAGGAGAAUGCACCGAAAUGGCGGGGUCUGCUGGUACCUUCCCUGAACAAGGUGUUGAGCCAGGUGCACCCCAAGCUGUCGUCGCAGGAGGAGGCUCUACAGUACAUCGAGGAGCUGAUCUUGCUGCUACUGAGCAUGCUCUGUCAGGCCCAGCCCCGCACCGUACAAGACGUCGCCGAGCGCGUGCAGAAGAGUUUUCCGCACCCGAUAGACAAGUGGGCCAUCAACGAUGCGGAGGCCGCCAUAGAGAAGAGGAAGAGGAGGAACCCGCUUGCACUGCCGGUGGAGAAAAUACAUCCCUUACUCAAGGAGGUUCUUGGCUAUAAGAUUGACCACCAGGUCUCGGUCUACAUCGUUGCCGUGCUGGAGUACAUCUCAGCUGACAUCCUCAAGCUUGCCGGGAACUACGUGCGGAACAUCCGCCACUACGAGAUCUCACAACAGGACAUCACCGUAGCCAUGUGUGCAGACAAGGUUCUGAUGGACAUGUUCCACCAGGAUGAGGAGGACAUCAGUGCGUUUCCGCUCAUGGAUGACGAGCCGUCGUCGAGCGAGGAGCAGACGUAUUACGACCUGGUCAAGGCCUUCAUGGCGGAAGUUCGUCAGUACCUGCGCGACCUCAACCUCAUCAUCAAGGUGUUCCGAGAACCCUUCGCCUCCAACGCCAUGCUCUUCUCCCAUCACGACGUUGAGAACAUCUUCAGCCGUAUAGUUGAUAUCCACGAGGUGACGAUGAAGCUUCUGGGGCUGAUAGAGGACACGGUGGAGAUGACAGACGAGGGGAGUCCUCACCCGCUAGUGGGGAGCUGCUUUGAGGACCUGGCCGAGGAGCUGGCGUUUGACCCGUACGAGUCGUUUGCUCAGGACAUCCUGCGUAGCGGCUUCCAUGAUCACUUCCUGGGUCAGCUGUCCAAACCCGGAGCCGCCUUCUACCUUCAGUCCAUCUGCGAGGGCUUCAAGGAGGCCGUGCAGUACGUGUUGCCUCGCCUGCUGCUGACGCCCGUCUACCAGUGUCUCCACCACUUUGAAAUCUUAAAGCAACUGGAGGAGAAGAGUGAGGAUGAUGAGGAUAAGGAGUGCCUAAAGCAGGCCAUCACCGCGCUCCUGAACCUGCAGAGCAGCAUGGAGAGGAUCUGCUCCAAGAGCCUGGCCAAGAGGAGACUCAGUGAGUCGGCGUGUCGCUUCUACAGUCAGCAGAUGAAGGGGAAGCACUUGGCCAUCAAGAAGAUGAACGAGAUUCAGAAGAACAUCGACGGCUGGGAGGGCAAGGACAUCGGCCAGUGCUGUAACGAGUUCAUCAUGGAGGGGGCGCUCACGCGCGUGGGCGCCAAGCACGAGCGACACAUCUUCCUCUUCGACGGCCUCAUGAUCUGCUGCAAGUCCAACCACGGCCAGCCACGCCUCCCCGGAGCCAGCGCCGCUGAGUACCGCCUCAAGGAGAAGUUCUUCAUGCGCAAGGUCCAGAUCAACGACAAGGACGACAAGGAGGGCGAGUACCGGCACGCCUUCGAGAUCACGCUGAAGGACGGCAACAGCGUGGUAUUCGCGGCCAAGUCUGCGGAGGAGAAGAACGUGUGGAUGGCGGCGCUGAUCUCGCUGCAGUACCGCUCCACGCUCGAACGCAUGCUGGACUCGGCCAUGCUGCAGGAGGAGAAGGAGGAGCAGAUGCGGCUCCCAGGAGCGGAGGUGUACCGCUUCACGGAGCCGGACUCGGAGGAGAACUUGGUGUUUGAGGAGAACGUGCAGAGCAAGUCGGGGAUCCCCAUCAUCAAGGCCGGCACCGUUCUCAAGCUCAUUGAGAGGCUCACCUUCCACAUGUAUGCAGAUCCCAACUUUGUGAGGACGUUCCUGACGACGUACAGGUCCUUCUGUAAACCACAGGAGCUGCUGGAUCUCCUGAUGGAGAGGUUUGACAUUCCGGAGCCGAAGCCGUCGGAGGCGGACCAGAUGGCGCUGGAGAACGGGGACCAGCCGCUCAGCGCGGAACUCAAACGCUUCCGGAAGGAGUUCGUGCAGCCGGUGCAGCUGAGGGUCCUGAAUGUGUGCCGGCACUGGGUGGAGCAUCACUUCUACGACUUCGAGAGGGAUCCUCAGCUGCUCAGACGCCUGGAGGAGUUCAUCGGCACAGUCAGAGGCAAAGCGAUGAGGAAGUGGGUGGAGUCGAUCACCAAGAUCAUCCAGCGUAAGAAGCAGGUGCAGGCCAACGGGCCGAGUCACAGCAUCACCUUCGAGAGCUCGCCGCCGCCCAUCGAGUGGCACAUCAGCAAGCCGGGCCAGAGCGACCAGUUCGACCUCAUGACACUGCACCCCAUCGAAAUCGCACGACAACUGACCCUCCUGGAGUCCGACUUCUACAGAGCGGUGCAGCCGUCUGAGCUGGUGGGCAGCGUGUGGACCAAAGAGGACAAGGAGUUGAACUCCCCGAACCUGCUGCGCAUGAUCCGACACACCACCAACCUCACACACUGGUUUGAAAAGUGUAUAGUGGAGACGGAGAACCUGGAGGAGCGUGCGCUCGUGGUGGCUCGCAUCAUCGAGAUCCUGCAGGUGUUUCAGGAGCUCAACAACUUCAACGGCGUCCUGGAAGUGGUCAGUGCCAUGAACUCCUCCCCCGUGUACCGAUUGGACCACACGUUUGAGCAAAUCCCGAGUCGUCAGCGUAAGAUCUUGGAGGAGGCCCACGAGUUGAGUGAGGAUCACUAUAAGAAGUACCUCGCCAAGCUGCGCUCCAUCAACCCGCCCUGCGUACCCUUCUUUGGGAUCUAUCUGACCAACAUCCUGAAGACGGAGGAGGGCAAUCCUGACUUCCUGAAGAGACACGGGAAAGAACUCAUCAACUUUAGCAAACGGAGAAAAGUGGCGGAAAUUACGGGAGAAAUUCAGCAGUACCAGAACCAGCCCUACUGUCUCCGUGUUGAAAAUGACAUCCGGAAAUUCUUUGAGAAUCUGAACCCCAUGGAGGACAAGCUGGAGAAGGAGUUUACUGACUAUCUCUUCAACAAAUCUCUGGAGAUCGAGCCGCGUAACGCCCGCACGCUGCCACGAUUUCCGAAGAAGUACAGCUGUCCGCUGAAGUCUCCGGGCACGCGGGCCUCCUCGGUGCGACAGGGGACGAUGCGUCACCCGACACCGCUGCAGAACGAGCCGCGCAAGAUCAGCUACAGCCGCAUCCCGGACACGGAGAUGGAGGGGGGCGUGGCCUCCGCCCCCAACUCCCCCCGCACCCCCCUCACCCCCCCGCCCGCCUCCGCAGCCUCCAGCAGCACCGACAUCUGCAGCGUCUUCGACUCGCCGCAGGGACCCUCCUCCCCCUUCCACUCAAACUGUGACAGCAUCUUUGCUCCAGUCGCUCUCCCCCACGGCCCACGAUCCUCCUCAGUCUCCUCCAUGGUCUACAGGAGUGUAGAGGACGCCCCCGUGCCCCCUCCUGUUCCCCCUCGCAGACGCCCAGAAUCAGCUCCAGCAGAGUCCUCGCCCUCAAAGAUGAUGUCAAAACACUUGGACAGCCCCCCGGCGGUGCCCCCCCGCCAGCCCACCACCAAGGUCUACUCGCCGCGCUACUCUCUUCCCGAACGCUCCUCCGUCUCCGAGGCGCCCGACAGCCCGCCCACUCUGCCCCCCCGGGAGCCGGUGCGGACCCCCGACGUCUUCUCCAGCUCCCCCCUGCACCUCCAGCCGCCCCCCCAGGGACGCCGGGCAGGACCCGACCCCCCCACCAUCAUCCCACAAACUUUCUUCCCCCCCUCCUCCCCCUCCUCCCCCCUCCCCCCUCCUCCUCCUCCUCAGACGACCUCCCCCUCCCCCCUAGGGCCGCGCAAACAGCUGGCCACGUCCCCCCUCCAAGACUGUGAAGCGGUGCCCCCCCUCCCCCCCGCCGCGGGCCCCCUCGGCCCCCCCGUGCCCCCCAGGCAGAGCGCUGCCCAGUCCAUCCCCAAACUGCCCCCAAAGACCUACAAAAGGGAGCCACACCACUCCACCACCACCACCACCACUUCUUCUUCUUCUUCUUCUUCAUCGUUGCACCGGGACGGCCUUCCUCUUCCUCUGCUGGAGAAUAUUAACCCCUCGUAGACUCUCUGGAGCCCCCUAGUGCAGUGGAGUGGAGUGGAAGAAGAGAAUGUUAACCCCUCGUAAACAGACCCCUCUGGAUACCAGACCUGGAGGAAGAAGAGAAUGUUCAAGGUGGAGUGUUGCAGGGUUACCAACAUUCUUAAUCAUUUGAUUAUGACAUCACGUUGGGGUUCUAUAUGAUGUCUUUGGGAGUCCCCAACGUGAUGUCAUAAUCAAAUGAUUAAGAAUGUUGGUGCACCUGCGUGUUCACCUUUCACCCCUCGUAGUCUCUGGACAUCGCCACCUAGUGGAGGAAGAAGAGAAACACUACAAGCCCCGCCCAACCCAGUGUCCAUAACCAAUCACAACAGAAAGAGAAACAGUGAAAUGUUUUGCCUUAAGAAACAAACACAAGACUUUAAAACGCCAGAUCAUUCACAAGACUUUAAAACGCCAGAUCACAACACAACACAACACAAGACUUUAAACGCCAGAUCAUUCACAACACAAGACUUUAAACGCCAGAUCAUUCACAACACAAGACUUUAAACGCCAGAUCACACAACACAAGACUUUAAACGCCAGAUCACACUGCAGCAUUCAAACUGUUCUGAUUUUUCUUUUCAAACCACAAACCGUUAGACAAUUAUCUUACACACAACCACCACGGGAAUAGUAUGUAUUUUUAUUGUUCAUAAUGUAUUGUUGAGUAUAUGUUUGUGUUUUAAUGUGGCUUCUUGACAGCAACUCCCCCCCCAACAGCUAGCACAAGCAUGCUGACUGGCAUCAUGUCACCGGGUCGAAACAACACACAGAAGACGCAAGGAACAAAAAUAAUAAUAAUUAAAAAGACAAAAACAUGUUUACAUAUAUCACCACAACAAAUUGAAUUAAUAAGUGAAUGCACAAUAAACGAAAAAUGGUGACUUGAAAAAAACGCUGAAUUCGAGUCGGUAUUGGACACAAGCUCUGACUUUUAUAAGUUAAUUUUGUGAGCCAUCAGAGUUCUGGGUUGAGAUUGGGGAGUAAAAAGGGAACUGGGAAUCUCGUGACGCUUUGAGCUUCACCGAUUUUUGUCAGUUCUUCCUCGCCGUGCCACAUUGGAAGGUACCAUUUUACACCAAAAAGGUACUUCAAGUUUUUUUUUUUGUUUUGUUUUUUUUAGAACAUUAUUUCUCAAAUAGAAUUUGCUUUGCCCACAAGCAUGUACAAAUGAUUGCUUCUUUAAACAAGGGAAUAAAAUUUUCUUUGAACCAGA